GCGCUGGGUGGCGGCGUGAGGCGGCGGCGGUGCGGCACCGGCCCCGGCCCCGAGCCCCGGCCUCUGCCCGGCCCUGCCCGCGGCCCCCGGCUCGGAGCGGAGCCCCGCGUGGAUGGGAUGGAAGCGGGACCCUCGGGAGCAGCUGCAGGCGCAUACCUGCCACCCUUGCAGCAGGUAUUUCAGGCGCCGCGUCGGCCCGGGAUAGGAACCGUUGGGAAGCCCAUCAAGCUCUUAGCCAACUACUUUGAGGUGGACAUUCCCAAGAUCGAUGUGUACCAUUAUGAAGUGGAUAUCAAACCCGACAAAUGUCCACGCAGAGUCAACAGGGAGGUCGUGGAGUACAUGGUACAACACUUCAAACCUCAGAUCUUCGGAGACCGAAAACCAGUCUACGAUGGGAAGAAAAACAUUUACACGGUCACGGCCUUACCUAUUGGAAACGAGAGGGUUGACUUUGAGGUGACAAUCCCAGGAGAAGGCAAGGACAGGAUAUUUAAGGUCUCUAUCAAGUGGAUGGCCAUUGUGAGCUGGCGCAUGCUCCACGAAGCCUUGGUGAGCGGGCAGAUCCCCGUCCCCUUGGAGUCCGUCCAGGCGCUGGAUGUUGCGAUGAGGCACCUGGCUUCCAUGAGGUACACCCCUGUCGGCCGCUCCUUCUUCUCCCCGCCCGAAGGCUACUACCACCCCCUGGGAGGCGGCAGGGAGGUCUGGUUCGGCUUCCACCAGUCCGUCAGGCCUGCCAUGUGGAAGAUGAUGCUCAACAUUGACGUGUCUGCAACGGCCUUCUACAAAGCCCAGCCUGUCAUCGAGUUCAUGUGCGAGGUGCUGGAUAUCCGGAACAUCGACGAACAACCGAAGCCAUUGACAGACUCGCAGAGAGUGCGGUUCACCAAGGAGAUCAAAGGUCUGAAGGUGGAGGUUACCCACUGUGGGCAGAUGAAGAGGAAAUACCGCGUGUGUAACGUUACCAGGCGGCCGGCCAGCCACCAGACGUUUCCCCUGCAGCUGGAGAGCGGUCAGACAGUGGAGUGCACAGUGGCUCAGUACUUUAAGCAGAAAUACAACCUGCAGCUGAAAUACCCUCACCUACCCUGUCUCCAGGUUGGCCAGGAGCAGAAGCACACGUACCUGCCCUUGGAGGUGUGUAACAUCGUGGCAGGCCAGCGGUGCAUCAAGAAGCUCACAGACAAUCAAACGUCAACCAUGAUAAAAGCGACGGCCAGGUCUGCCCCGGACAGGCAGGAGGAAAUCAGCCGCCUGAUGAAGAAUGCCAGCUACAACCUGGAUCCGUAUAUUCAGGAGUUUGGGAUCAAGGUGAAAGAUGACAUGACGGAGGUGACGGGGAGGGUCCUGCCAGCACCCAUCCUGCAGUACGGAGGCAGGAACCGGGCCAUUGCAACUCCCAACCAAGGCGUGUGGGACAUGCGAGGGAAGCAGUUCUACAACGGCAUUGAGAUCAAAGUCUGGGCGAUUGCUUGCUUUGCCCCGCAGAAGCAGUGUCGAGAAGAGGUGCUGAAGAACUUUACGGACCAGCUGCGCAAGAUCUCCAAGGAUGCAGGGAUGCCGAUCCAAGGCCAGCCCUGUUUCUGCAAAUACGCCCAGGGUGCAGACAGCGUGGAGCCCAUGUUUCGACACCUCAAGAACACCUAUUCAGGGCUUCAGCUCAUCAUUGUCAUCCUGCCGGGGAAAACACCGGUGUAUGCUGAGGUGAAGCGUGUUGGGGACACCCUCCUGGGAAUGGCCACGCAGUGCGUCCAGGUCAAGAACGUGGUGAAAACCUCCCCGCAGACCCUUUCCAACCUCUGCCUCAAGAUCAACGUCAAGCUUGGCGGGAUCAACAACAUCCUUGUGCCUCACCAGCGCUCUGCAGUCUUUCAGCAACCGGUGAUCUUCCUCGGGGCCGACGUCACUCACCCGCCAGCAGGAGAUGGGAAGAAACCCUCCAUAACAGCCGUUGUGGGCAGCAUGGACGCCCACCCCAGCCGGUACUGUGCCACGGUGCGCGUGCAGCGGCCUCGCCAGGAAAUCAUCGAGGACCUGUCCUACAUGGUGAGGGAGCUCCUCAUCCAGUUCUACAAAUCCACCCGCUUCAAACCCACCAGGAUCAUCUUCUACCGUGACGGUGUUCCCGAGGGGCAGCUCCCGCAGAUCCUUCACUAUGAGCUCCUAGCGAUCCGCGACGCCUGCAUCAAACUGGAAAAGGAUUACCAGCCUGGCAUCACCUACAUCGUCGUCCAGAAAAGGCAUCACACCCGUCUCUUCUGCGCAGACAAGAACGAGAGGAUUGGGAAGAGUGGGAACAUCCCAGCCGGAACAACAGUGGAUACAAACAUCACCCACCCCUUUGAGUUUGACUUCUACUUGUGCAGUCACGCAGGCAUUCAGGGUACGAGCCGGCCGUCCCAUUACUACGUGCUCUGGGAUGACAACCGAUUCACGGCGGAUGAGCUGCAAAUCCUCACCUACCAGCUGUGCCAUACGUACGUGCGCUGCACUCGCUCGGUCUCCAUCCCGGCCCCGGCGUACUACGCCCGACUGGUGGCGUUCAGAGCGCGGUAUCACCUCGUGGACAAGGAGCACGACAGUGGCGAGGGCAGCCAUAUAUCUGGACAGAGCAACGGCAGAGACCCCCAGGCCUUGGCAAAGGCUGUGCAGGUUCAUCAGGACACUUUACGUACCAUGUACUUUGCUUGAAAGCCUAACUUUUGUUACCUCACUCAAGAAAGCUUUCAGAUUUGUAGGAGCCAUACAAAAAAGGAAGCAUUGGGACACCUUGUUUUUUUUUUCCAAUGAGAAAUCACUGCAGGGCAGGCAGCGUCGAUUUGAGGCAGGAGACCAGCACCACGGGACAGAAAGAUCCAACACCUUCGUAGGAUUGGAAGAGACUGAUUAUUUUUUUAAUUUUUUCUGGCUUUGCAAAAUUUUGACCUGACCAAACACAUGAAGGCAUUCAAGGAAGGGAUAAAACUCCCAGGAGGCGGAAGCAGGUUUUCAUUUUUAAGAUGCAAUACUAUAGACUCCUGACUGUGAAAUGGCGGAUUUGGUCCUCCGUUGCCCACCAGGCGCUGGUAGGUAUUUUUUGUGGGGGUUGGGGGGAGGGGAUUUUUAGAGCCUUAAAACAGAAGACUAGAUUUAUAAAACUAAUAUUUUAGAAUAUGAGAUGCUUUAAUGGGUUAAGGGGAAAAAACAACUAGUUUAUAGGAGAAUUCUAACACUAACAGUUCCCCGCCCCCGAAUAAUUCCCCCCAUAUAAUGUAAGGCACCCUAGCACUUAGCUCAGAACUGAAAACUGUCUUCCUUGUGUUAAAAGCUAGUUAGCUGCUGCCACUUGAAGCAACAGUCACAGACUUUUCCAUGGGUGAGUGCCUUACUACGAUGCUGCAAAAUUUCAAUGUUUUUAAUCUUGUAAGGAAAAUAGUAAUCUUGUCUUGAUGGUGGUCCAUAUUUCCAUCGGAAGGAGUUAAUUUCUAUGGUCCUAAGUUGCAGUUUGUGUUAGAUCACAACCUCAUGGUGGUUAAACUCCAUUGAAAGAUGUGCACUUUCAUAUAGGACACGUUUAAUGGCUGCUGACCCAUUUUUGUUUCCAAUGUACUACUUGUUAUUUAAAACUGUUUCUGACAAAUGGGGGCAUUGUCAUCCCAUGAGGACAGAAAUCGCUAUCAAUUUUUUUUUUCCUGAAUUUCUAUGAUGGACACCGGGAUUUUUUUACUAAACAUUAUUUUUAUAUGAUACCGAGUCUGUUGCCAAAAUACACAAGUCAUUAACAUGCUCAGAGUUUACAUCACCGCACUUCCUGAGGCUGUGCGCUCGCGCCAGAGAUUUCUCAUGUUUCCUGUCCGGUGAGUGUCACAAGCUGCAGUCCGUGCAGCUCCGGGGUACUCCUCAGCACCCAUCUCCCUCGCACCAUGUGCCUUCGACACAUGCCUGCCUGGGCCGGCUGCUUUCGGAAGUACCGCGUACCCCAGCGUCAGCACCUCCAAACUGGCACCGUGUCUGCUGCUAGGUUUUGCUGCUCUUCGUGUCACGGUCUCACUGAUUUCACGCGCAGGGUUUUUCAUCUGAAAGCACACCACAUUUGUUCCUUAGUCAGAAUUGCGAAAUCCUCAUUAUUGUCAUGGGGGAAACUCCUACUGAUUUGUGUUCUUUACAGGAAAAAAAAAGCCUUUUUUUCCCAACAGUAACGUAGUGACUGCUUUUCAGACUCAUUUUGCUGCACAGAAUGACCAUUAUGCACAGCAGGGCAGUAGUAGCAACUCAUUACCGAUAUCAGGUGGGCAGAUUAUCCGGCUUUUGAUAUGAAAGGUGCGCACAACGCUUCCUUCAAGAGGAAGAAUUACGUGUGCACUCCUACCAAGCUCUUUCACGGAAGAGCUGUCACCAUUUUACUGCCAAGAGCGAACGCAUUUUCAAAGCAGAUCUAUCCCAAGCACUGCCCCUUGUCAGUACGUGUGGAUAGAAGCACAUCUUUUAGUUCUGUACUUUCCGAUGUUUGAACUCGCCUUGCCUUCAUGAAAACCGCAGUAGUCAUGUUGGCCCAUUAAUCUGUCCUAGCACCAGGAAUUCACUCUACCUGUUUUCUUUCUGGGCAACAUAUUUGUGAAAAACGAAGACAUCACUAUGCUAUGCAAACUAAGUGCUGAGCCCACUGAUGUCACCUUCUGUGAAGAUCCUACAUUUAGCACAGUUGUAUUUUGUCCUCAAGACUACAGUAUUUGGCUCAUAUUCUCCUUUGCACCUUGUGUCAAACUCCACUGCUGUCUAUCUGCAAGGUGGUGGGGAGGAGACCAGGAACUCUUCGUGGUCGGUAGGGUAGCCAACUCUUAGGGAAGCUUUUAGAGAGCAGGGAACGCGUCAACACUAAGUGUCAACAUGAGAAGCCUACAUUCCUCUACACAAGUGCCUGCAUAGUGACACAAACUCAGCACCUCUCCAUUUCAUCCUCGGAAUUCUGGCUUGUGUGCAUUGAAAGCAAAAUGAUCUCAGAGAGGCUGUACCUGCUCACGUUGUGUUAGAAAGCCCCUCGCUAAGAAUAAAAUCGGGGUUUAGGCCAAGGUUCUCUCUGUAAAUCAGUUUGUUCACCAGCAUUACAACGGAAAGCACCUGGUUGCUGCUCUGCAGCAAGGGGCAAAGGUAUUUUGGUUUCUAUUUUUUAUUUUAGUGUUUUAGUUGGGUCUAGACUUCUGAAAUGUCUUUUAGUAGCUGUGGCAUAGCACAUGCCAUUUUUAACCAUUUGAAAAGAGACAGCGUGGGCAUUUACAGAAACAGCUUGUUGCUCUGUAACAAUUUUUUUUUUAACCUUGAGACUUGAAAUGUAAAAUGGACCUUUAAGAUUUGCACUCAUUUGUAAGGUGGCUGUUCAUAGAAAACUAUGAAUGAAGACUUGCUGAUGUAGCACCUACUUUUAACAGCAAUUUUAACUACACAAAAGCUUCACAGCUUCUGAAACUCUCAGCUGUUGACUUGCAGAUCAUGUUCUGCCCUUAUUUCACCCUCUGCGUUGGGUUUUCAUGGUUUUGAAUAAAUAAAUAAAAAAGCCAAACUAGUAGCUGCUGUGCCCUUUAAACCCUAUUUCCAUUUUGAAGAAAUUUAGAAGGGGUUUGAGUUACCCGCAUGUUUUAUAUAAUGGACUAUGCACUGUACCUUCUGCGCGGCUCCAGCAUUCGAUAUUUCUACCCUUCUCUUGUCCAAGAUGCAAGUGAAAAACUGCAUGUUGAGGUGCUGUGCAUUUUGGUACCCCUAGCGGAUAGGUGUUAACCCAGCUACAUAUCAGGACUUGUAGUUAGCCACAAACUCCACGUGAACAUCCUGAACGGCUCCCGAGUCUCUGCCUUCUCAGUGCGCACGUGUUCCUUCUGCGACUGGAACCACCGCCAAGUGCAUGCAGUCCUGUGGGAAGAGGAAUCGCUUUCAUUUCCCUGUCAGUUGUUGAAUGCUGUUUGUUUCCCUGAUCUCCUAUUGGAACGUAACGGGGGCGCGAGGGCAGAGCAGCCCUCGCCCCAGAGCUUCCAGGGCAGUCGCGGGGUUCUGGUGCUUGCAAGCCUCUGACCUGAUGCCUGGUGUCACAAAGCCCGAGUGUUCAGCGUUGCCUCGUGGAAAGUUUUCUUCUUGGAAAAUUAGUUAAUGAAAUAAAAGAAUGUCAUUCUUUCAGCAAGGGAAGCCAGACAGCUCUGGACAGCAAUAAAUGAGUGAAAUUCAUAUCUUGCCUGAGUGAUUUGCACUUCAAUAGUUGUGAAAGAAAAUUGAUGGGGACUCCAGUGCUUUUGUGUUCAAUUCUAGCCCCUUUCGUACCUCCUUUAUACGAGCAAGUGUUGAACUGUACAUAGGGUGUUGACAAGACAUCCUGUUUGGGUUGUUUUUCUUGUGUUUGUUUUUCUUUUUUUUUUUUUUUUUUGCUUUAGCUUGAACUCUGUAUGGUCCAUUUGUUAAAUAGACGUGAACAGUUGAUGUACAGUACUUACUAAACAAGCAGCAGCACAAAACUUAUUUUAUUAAGAAAAUAUGGCUUAUAUUUUAAAGGUUGGAUAUCAACUUUUUUUUUUUUUGUAUGCGUGGAAUUAAGACUGGUAAAGAGUAACAAAAUCCUUGGAUUAGGCCAAAAGAAAAUACUGUAAGAUCAUAACCACCUCUUUAUUAAAGAAAACGGUAUGAUUAAAGAGC